AUAAGGGUAUAGGGUAGAGUGUGUCUAUUCUAAAGGCAGGAGGAGUAUCUUUAGGGGAGGGUCAGCACAGCAUGCUUUACUUCCUGUGCUAAACAACCUAACGUUAUUUUUAUGAGAGCUCUCAUCUCAGGGUUGCGUGCAUUAUGCUCUAAUUCCGUUCCUGUUUUCUGUUCUGUUCUGUUCUUGGGGUUGGCCAAGGGGAAUCUCUCUGGUUUUUAUCACCCUGUGUCUCUUUUUUGCCUCUUCUGAAAUAUAAACCCUUUUCUCUACUUAAAAAGGGGAAAGAGAGAGAGAAAGCUGGUGAACCCACUAAGCGUGCAAAUAAAAGACUUAUAGCUCCUUAAAGCAAAGCUAGAUUACCAUCCCAUGCUAUUAUAGCUCCCUCCACCUUUGCUUUUGGUGUGUUUUUAUUUUUUUCUUUCUUUCUCUUGGUGGGGUUUCUGUUGAGCUGUGUUGAUAUUUGUGUUCGGACUUAACUGCUACCUUAGUCUGUCUAUUCAACGUUUUCCAGUGGCCGAAACUUUUUAAGGUUUAUUGUAGGCUCUGCUAGCCGUUGGCUUAGAUAUCAAAGGUUGAACCUUGUUGCAAAGAAGCUAUUGUUUUUGACAAGAUGUGGUAUUUCGUGGACUUAAGCUGUGGUUAGACCUUAUAAAGGGUUUUGUUGCAUUAACCAGUGGGGUUCCUCAAUUUUUUUUUUCUUACAUAUAUUUGGUGAAUAGUACGAAGAGCAAGGGCAUAUCCUUUUGAGAUUCUUGCAAAAGGGUGUUGUUUAUUUUGUGGCAUUAGUGAUGGGAGAAAGGUCAAGAAAUGAGGUUUCUCCUCAGCUGCUGGAUUUGAUCUCAAAUGAGAGAGAGUGGCAGAUGAACAGAAACGAAGGAAAGUCUUCAGAGGAGAGGAAGCUUGAGUUGAGGCUUGGUCCACCUGGUGAGGACUGGUCUCUCAAUGACAAAAUGAAGAAAGGAAACACAGAAGAAAGAGAUGAGUCUCUACUCUCUCUUGGUUACCUCUCUACCUUGCCUCAUGCAAUCAUGAGCUCCAACAAUGGAUUCCAAAGCCAUAAUAUUUCUACCUCUGACACCCCUUGUGGGGCUAUGUUGCCCUGUCCAUGGGCUUCCACAGGCUACCAACAGGGUAACAAAGCUUCAUCAUUUCUUCAGUUUCCCUCAAGCCAGCCUGUGAUGGGAAAAGAUUCUUCCCAAACCUGUUGCCCUAAGGUGGUAGAGUUGCAGAAUGGUGAUAAGAAAGUUUUCUCUCCCUCUUCUGCAAAUACAGCUGUUCCCAACAGCUCUCAGAAAAGAACUGCUCCAGGUCCAGUAGUGGGUUGGCCUCCAAUUCGUUCGUUCAGGAAGAACCUUGCAAGCAGCAGCACUUCAAAGCCACCUCCUGAGUGCCAGCAUCAGCAUGACAAGGUUGCUGGUAAAAAAUCUGUUGAAAACUAUGGUAAAGGUUUAUUUGUCAAGAUCAACAUGGAUGGAGUUCCAAUUGGGAGGAAAGUGGACCUCAAUGCUUAUGACAGCUAUGAAAAUCUCUCCUCUGCAGUUGACGAGCUCUUCAGUGGCCUCCUUGCCGCUCAAAGAGAUUCCUCUGCUGGUGGAGUUCACAACAAGCAAGAGGACGAGAAAACUAUUACGGGUUUAAUGGAUGGAAGUGGGGAGUAUACUCUUGUUUAUGAGGAUAAUGAAGGAGACAGGAUGCUUGUUGGGGAUGUGCCAUGGCACAUGUUCGUAUCAACAGUGAAGAGGCUGCGGGUGUUGAAGAGUUCUGAGCUUUCUGCUUUUACCCGUGGCAGUAAGCAAGACAAGGUAUCACUUGACUCAGCAAUGAAAUGAAAGGCAUGCAGUUUGAGGUCUUACUUUUCUGCUGAAAGUUUAAGACUGUUCUAAUUUGACGUUUUGGUUCUUUUCUCCGAUGAAGAUGGUGGAAUGAAACUUGUAGCUCACAUUACAACUAAGUAAUGCGUCUGGAUGUAUCUUGUUUGUUAUGAAAGAUUUGAAUUGUUUAUGUAUUGUAUAAAUAGGGAAGGAAAACUUCACGGAUGUCUGUACUCAUGAUUUACUGUUGAGUAACCAUUAACUUGUUUUGGUUUGUAUUUGAAGUCCCUUUGUACGGGUUAUUGCAAUUUCCUAAUAAUUUUCAUGUUCAACG